AUGACCUUCGUUUUUUAUUGCGUUUUAAUACAGAUUAGUUUUACAAUAAUUACAAGUCUUACAUAUUCAUGUUCAUUAAACUCAACAUGUGGUUGUUCUUUAAAUUCAGUUUCAUUGACGAAAAUUAUUGGUGGAGAAGAUGCAAGAGUUGAUACUUGGAAUUGGGCUGUAUCUAUACGUAUACGAAAUGCUCAUACAUGCGGUGGAUCAUUAAUAUCACCUGAAUUAAUUCUAACUGCUGCCCAUUGCCUUUAUUCAAUAAGUAGAAUAUCAAGUCUUAGUGUAACAGCUGGUUCAAUAUACUUAUCUCAAAUAAAACAGCAACGAUCUGUUUCUGAAAUUGCUAUACAUCGAAAUUAUACUUCAGAUACGUAUGCUAAUGAUAUAGCUGUAAUACGUUUAUCAUCACCAUUUGAUAUGAACGUUGGAUCAUUAGGUUUGAUUUGUCUACCAAAAAAUAUAGCAGAAUAUCCACCAAAAAAUUUAACAGUAGCUGCUAUUGGUUGGGGUAAAGUAACAACGUCUAUUGACGCUGUUUCAAAUACAUUAAAACAAGUGACAUUAAAAACCAUUGCCGAUAAUGAUACUACUUGCUUACGAACGAUUAAAAAUAAUCAGGUACAAUUUUGUGCUAGUGCUCAAGAUGGUGAAAAAGAUACAUGCCAAGGUGAUAGUGGUGGUCCAUUAAUGUUAUUUUCUAAUGACAAAUGGUAUUUAGCUGGUAUUACAAGUUAUGGAAUAGGUUGUGCAUUACCUGGAUACGCAGGAGUAUAUACUCGAGUAUCAGUUUAUGAAGCAUGGAUAAAGUGCUUCUUGGAAAAUAAUACAGUAUGUAUACGAGAAAUGUCUAUUAUUAAAAGUUCAGUAUCAUCAAUUAUGAUCUCAUGCUGCAUGAAAAAGUUUUUUAUGUUUUUGUCUCUUAUGAUAAUUCAUCUCAAUUUUUGA